GGGGGGGGCGUGUAUAUAAAAAGUGGGAAGAAAAAAAUUGGGACACAACACUCAGCGUGAGUCGUCCAGAAUGUUCACUCAUCUGUUGGUCGUUCUUGUCUCCGUGGCAUCGCUUGGAAGGAGCAAUGCCUCCGUCCUGCGAGCUGGUGACCUAGAGAGCCAAGGCUGCGACGUGGGCGUGAGCGUUGACUUCGUCUCCGGUCAGGACCCCCGGGUCUCUUGCUCGGCGCAGUGUUAUGCCCAGAAUGAGGAGACCUGGUUCGUCGGCUCGACAUUCAGGAAGGUUGCUGGUUUGACUGAGCGAGGACUCAUGGUAGAGAUCAAGUACGAGAAAGAUGCAAUGGUCGACUGCAGACUGGUGCCUUUGCAACCAGAAUCAGACAUCCUGAAGGCCUUUGAGUCUUGCCAAGUAGGCCAACCCUCGGACACAGCGCCAACAGGGGACAGCAGUCUGCUGGAAACCACAACAGUUAUCAUGCCAACUGGAACCAACACUGAAACCAUCAUUCCAACUGGAACCAACACUGGGACUUUCAAUCCAACUGAAACGAAUAUUCCAACUGGAACCAACACCGGAACCUUUAUUCCGACUGGAACCAACACUGGAACUUUCAUUCCCACUGAAAUCAUCAUUCCAACUGGAACCAACACUGGAACCUUUGUUCCAACUGGAACCUUUGUUCCAACUGGAACCAACACUGUAACUCUUAUUCCAACCGGAACCAACGUUCCAACUGGAACCAACACAGGAACCUUCAUUCCAACCGGAACCAACGUUCCAACUGGAACCAACAUUCCAACCGGAACCAACACAGGAACCUUCAUUCCAACCGGAACCAACAUUCCAACCGGAACCAACACAGGAACCUUCAUUCCAACCGGAACCAACGUUCCAACUGGAACCAGCAUUCCAACCGGAACCAACACAGGAACCUUCAUUCCAACUGGAACCAACGUUCCAACUGAAACCAACGUUCCAACUGAAACCAACGUUCCAACUGGAACCAACGUUCCAACUGAAACCAACGUUCCAACUGGAACCAACGUUCCAACUGAAACCAACGUUCCAACUGGAACCAACAUUCCAACCGGAACCAACACAGGAACCUUCAUUCCAACUGGAACCAACGUUCCAACUGAAACCAACGUUCCAACUGAAACCAACGUUCCAACUGGAACCAACGUUCCAACUGAAACCAACGUUCCAACUGGAACCAACAUUCCAACCGGAACCAACACAGGAACCUUCCUUCCAAGCUCAGGCCCCGCCACGACCCCGCCCGUGGCGACUGAAAUCGCUGUCGAUGAGACGACGACGCUGCCAGACUGCGGGGACAACAGCGGCAAGGACGGACAUGGUGCGGACCUCCAGACAACGCCACCCGAGACGACUACCGUACCGCCAACGACCACCAGACCUCCUACGACCACCACAACACCUACGACCACUACAACUCCUACGACCACCCCAACUACCACGACGACCCUGCCUCCGACUACCACCGCCCUCUCGUGCCCCGAUGGAUGGGCCAUGUACGGCAGGUCGUGCUACCACUUGAGCAGUGAAGAGGGCACGUGGCAGGAGGGGAAGUCGUACUGCGAGAACAGCGGCGGAUCCUUGGUCAAAAUCACGUCGGAGGAGGAAUGGAGCUUCGUCAAGGGCCUGACCACGAAGGAUACCUGGAUCGGCCUCAACGACAGGGCCAAAGAGGGAGUCUUCGUGUGGGACUCUGACAACACCAGGCCGGUCUUCACUAAGUUCUCCAGCGGGGAGCCCAACGACCACAAGCCCUUCCUGUGGAGCGGUGGCGAGGACUGUGUCGAGCUGAGAGAGAGCAAAGACUUCUUGUGGAAUGAUGACGACUGCGAUGCUGACAAGCUGUACGCCUGCGAACGAACACCAUUCGUCAGCAGGGGCUAAGGCACGCGCAGCAGAGCGCCACCGCAAAAGGAGAGGGACUUCUGACAACAAUCGUGAGAGAGCAGUAGCAAUAGAUAUAUAUAUAUAUAUAUAUAUAUAUGCUGCUAUAUCUAUGUUUAUAUUUACUUAUCUAACAACGUACGUAUCUGCAACGUGUUCAUUGCGACAAAUGUAGAAAAGGAAUGAAUGAGAAUGAAUAUCUUCACAGGGCAAGAGAUGUAUUUGAGCGCUUUCGACUAUAUAUACUGUUAAUUUUCUGAGGAAGAUAUAAUCGAAAUCAAAUACAUUUCUUGUACCAUGAAGAUACUCAUUCUCAUUCAUACCUUUUCUACUCACAUAUCUGUCUUUCUAUCAAUCUAUUUAUUCAUAUUUCUUUUUAUAUCUCUAUCUAUAUAUAUCUGUCUAUCUAUAUAUUACGAACACUAUUUUGCAAAUGAAACUUUGUUAAGAGAAGAGAAACAUUUAGCAGAGGUUCCUCUCCGUGUGUCUGAGAGCAGGAUAUUCUCGACUCGCCUUUCCCUGAAGCCAGUGUCAGCACGAGCAUCUUGUCGCAAAUUGGACGUAGAUAUUUCUUGACCUCACGGGAUCUGAAAAAUAAAACUGAAAAAUUAGAAAAA